CACUUGCAUUCAGAAGUUGAAGAAGGAAAGAUGGAGAGAGGUGUUUUCUGUCUAUUGGCGGGUAUUUCUGUGGCUUUGGCGGAAAUAACACAAUUUCAGAUGACCGAGUGUGGCUCAAGCAGAGAUGUCCAGUUCCAUAGUGUGUCCUUGACCCCUAUGCCAGUCCAGAUACCGGGGGAUAUCCGUCUCUCCGUUGAUGCCAGUCUGACCAAGACCAUUGGAAGCUCAAAAAUGUCUCUUUCUAUAAAAAGGAAAACUUAUUUUGGGGUAGAAGUUCCCAUGCCGUGCCUUUUCCAUAUCGGUUCUUGUACAUACGAUAAUCUCUGUACGAUGGUCCACCAAAUGAUCACCGAGAACUGGGUCGGAAUAGUGGGGGGUAUUGGUACACAAAUCCAGACUAUGCUGAGCAGUGUAGGGGUUAAUGCUAGCCAGUGCCCCCAGCCCCCUAGGAAUAUACGUAUCGUCAACUAUCCCAUCAGCAUCCCUAGAAUUCCAGCUAUCCUUACCUGGUUUGCAGCGGGUGACUACCAUGUGAUUGUAAAAGUGAAUGAAAACGACACGGGGAGACAACUGGUGUGUCUGGACCUCCAACUCUCCGUCACCCAACAGAGAGAGCCCAGCAGAUCAGGCUGGUUGUUUAGUGGUCGCUAAAGACGAUCUAUAAACAUUGAUGUUGUCCACA